UGUGCAGACACCAGCAGCUCUGACAGCCUCAGAGUGUGAACAAGCCUCGUGUUUUCUCUGUAAAGACAAAAGAGCCGACUCUGAUAAACACUUAGCAACGUGAAGUUUGUCCUGGUUGGGAGAGACAGAAGGAGUUCCUUUUCAUCCAGGACUAAGUCCAUCCCAGGUGUCCCCAUGUCCAUCGACCCUGCGUCCGAGCUGCCCUUCUACUAUGGCAGCAUCAGCCGCUCCGACGCCGAGCAGCACCUGAAACUGGCCGGGAUGGCCGACGGCCUCUUCCUGCUGCGCCAGUGCCUGCGCAGCCUGGGGGGCUACGUCCUGUCCGUGGUCUGGAACCUGGACUUCCACCAUUACUCCAUCGAGAAACAGCUGAACGGGACCUUCUGCAUCGUAGGAGGGAAGCCUCACUGUGGUCCAGCAGAGCUCUGUGAGUUCUACAGCAAAGACCCCGACGGGCUGGUGUGCCCCCUGAGGAAGCCCUGCCUGCGAUCACCGGACACCACCAUCAAACCCGGCGUCUUUGACAACCUGAGGGAAAACAUGCUGAGGGAGUACGUGAAGCAGACCUGGAACCUGGAGGGAGAAGCCAUGGAACAGGCCAUCAUCAGCCAGGCUCCUCAGCUGGAGAAGCUCAUCGCCACCACAGCCCAUGAAAAGAUGGCCUGGUAUCACGGAAAAAUCACCCGGCAGGAGGGUGAGCGAAGGCUUUACACCGGAGUUCAACCAGACGGAAAGUUCCUAAUCCGAGACAGAGAGGAGACUGGGACCUUCGCUCUGUCCAUGAUGUAUGGAAAAACAGUUUACCACUAUCAGAUCCUCCAGGACAAAUCUGGAAAAUACUCCAUGCCUGAAGGAACCAAGUUUGACACAGUCUGGCAGCUGGUGGAAUACCUGAAGAUGAAACCAGACGGCCUGGUCACGGUUCUCAGUGAAGCCUGCGUACACAGCAAAGCUCCUCAAAAGACACCAAAUCUUCCUGUACCAAGGCGGACAAAUGGAUACACACCGCCCCCUCGAGCCCCGGGAGCGACUGCGAAGCCGGAAACUGUGGUUCCUGCAGGUCGUGACGUUCUGCCCAUGGACUGUGACGGGUUCAACCCCUAUCACAACCCCAACGAGGUGAGGAAGUUCAACAUCAAAAGGACCAACCUCCUGAUGGACGAGGUGGAGCUGGGAUCAGGAAACUUCGGCUGCGUCAAGAAGGGCGUGUUGAAGAGCGACUCAGGUCAGAUUGACGUGGCCAUCAAAGUGCUGAAGAGCGACAAUGAGAAGUUGGUGAAGGAGGAGAUGAUGCGGGAGGCGGAGAUCAUGCAUCAGCUCGACAACCCCUUCAUCGUCCGGAUGCUGGGUUUGUGCAACGCCGAGAACCUGAUGCUGGUCAUGGAGAUGGCGUCUGCCGGACCGCUCAACAAGUUCCUGUCCACAAAUAGAGACACUGUGACUGUGGAAAACAUCGUGAACCUGAUGCACCAGGUCUCCAUGGGGAUGAAAUAUCUGGAGGAGAAGAACUUUGUGCACAGAGACUUAGCAGCUCGUAACGUCCUGCUGGUCAACCAACAGUUCGCUAAAAUCAGUGACUUCGGACUUUCCAAAGCUCUGGGAGCCGACGACAGCUACUACAAGGCUCGUACUGCAGGUAAAUGGCCUCUGAAGUGGUACGCUCCUGAAUGCAUAAACUUCCACAAAUUCUCCAGUAAAAGUGAUGUGUGGAGUUAUGGCAUCACCAUGUGGGAGGCGUUUUCAUACGGAGGGAAACCUUACAAGAAAAUGAAAGGACCAGAAGUCAUACGUUGGAUUGAAAGUGGAAACCGUAUGGAACGUCCAGCAGCGUGUCCAGAACGAGUGUACGCUGUGAUGACCGAAUGCUGGACGUUCAAACACGAGGACCGUCCUGAUUUCAAGAAGGUUGAGGAGUCCAUGAGGUUGUACCAUUACUCCAUAUCCAACAAGGCCAAGCCUGAGGGAUCUGCUGCCGCCGCCGCCGCUGAGCCUGUCAAGUAGUCAGAAACAAGGCCCAUUCUGUCCCUGCUUUCACAAAGCCGCCUUUCAACCGGCCACUAAACAGACCGAACAAAGAGCUUUUUAUGACCGGUGCACACUGACCAGCUCCGACUACAGUAUGGACACGACCCAACGGGCCUCGGCGACAAUAAAUGUGCAUUUGUAAAUUAGACUUGAGCGUCUCAGUCAUGUACGAACAAACCCCUUGUCUGUCCCAGUUAUGUUAUAUAUAUUCUGACGUUUGUAGGAUUAUGUGAGUAUGAAUGACAUGUGCACGUUGUUUUCUGAUGGAUUCUGGCACCACCUAAAGCAGUUUAUUGUUUUUAAGCCAAAUAAAUGAAAGAAUGUUG